CGUUAAGGGCAGACUGAAAGGGAAACGACUUCUCUUGCACCUUGCAAAGUUCACUUCCACCAAGGAGUAAUCGGUAUUAAAUAUUAACUACAGCGUUGAAACACCAACCCCAUGAAAGAACUUGCGUAUUUACGCGAAGAAGAAGAAGCCCUUUUACACCCUCAUAUUUCAAACUGAGGCAUGCGUGGGUCGAGUAAUAACUACAUGGCCAUCUGGUCACCGGAAGGAUCGAACAUUUGCGUAAUCAAGGUCUAGCAUGAAAGGAUGCAGGAGGUGGUCAAAGCGAAUAGGCUAUAGCCACCGUCUAUUUUGUUGAAAAUGGAAGACCUGAACAGCACCAUUGAUCCCACUUGCUUACAGGAUCCACCGCUGGCUAUUGAUGUCAUAAACCAGUUAGAUAUGUUUGGAAUUGCCCUGUAUUCCAUUCUGACCUUCAUGGCCACCGUGUCCCUGGUGCUGUACCUGGAGGAGUGUGUGUAUGUGUACAAGAAGGUGCCCGCGCCCAAGAAGAUGACCAUCAUCUGGGUCAAUGGAGCAGCACCGGUCAUUGCCAUCAUGUCCUGCCUUGGAAUGUGGAUUCCAAGGUCUACCAUGUUUACAGACAUGACAUCAAAUUCUUAUUUUGCAAUAGUGGUGUACAAGUUCCUCAAACUGAUCUUGGAGGAGCUCGGUGGUGAAGAGGCGUUCCUGAAGCAUUCUGCGAAGAAGCCUCUGAGAAUAUCCACGGGGCCCUGCUGCUGUUGCUGCCCCUGCCUGCCUCGAGUGCCAGUCACACGGCGAGUCAUUUUCCUGUUGAAGCUGGGAUCCCUUCAGUAUGCCAUCCUAAAGACCGCCCUCUCCAUCUUCUCUAUUGUGCUCUGGACUAAUGGGAACUUUGACCUCUCUGAUCUUGAGAUCACAGGAGCGGCGAUCUGGAUAAAUCCCUUCAUUGGGGUCCUUACCAUAACAGCCCUGUGGCCUGUCUCCAUUAUGUUCAUGCAUAAUCGAAUCACUCUUCGAAGCCUCAAGAUCAUCCCCAAGUACGCCAUGUACCAGCUGGUAUUGGUGUUGAGCCAGCUACAGGCGUCGAUCAUCAGCAUCUUGUCUCUGGACGGGACCAUCGCUUGCUCUCCACCCUUUUCAUCCAUUGCCCGUGGCUCCAUGCUGAGCCAGCAGUUGAUGAUUGUGGAGAUGUUCAUCGUAACCUUGGUGACCCGGCUGUUCUACCGUCGUACCUAUGCGCCUCUCGUCCUCGACCAGCAUGAAAGUGACAACACCCAGAAUGAUAAAAUGAUCCUGAGUUCUGCUAUAGAAGAAAAUGCAGCAUAAGAGUGAGAAUGACAGAGAGAGAGAGAGAGAGAAAUAGAGAGAGAGAGAGAGAGAGAGAGAGAAAGAGAGAGAGAGAGAGAGAGAGAGAGAGAGAGACUUGUGUGGAUGUGUGGCCAAAAGGGUUUGAAUGUGUUCCCAUUCAUGAAUAUAGGGAUCUGUUAAUAUAAAUGUUUUUUUUUUUUAUUAUAUGAAAUCUGCCUGAUAAUGUUAUUCGGUGUAUUACAACUCUAUUUAAUAGUAACAUGUUUUAAAGCCAUGGCUUCACUGGUAAGACUGUGCAUGGCCAAUUAUCUAUAUUCAUUUCACACAUAUUUGUAAGUGCAUGAAAGACCCAUCCUCUUUGUAGCUGUUGAAUGGUUAUACGAUGUCAAGUGUGCAAAAAUAGAAUGAAUCUUUGUUUUUCAACAAGCCCCUAUUGUGACUGUGACAGAUUCUCCAUUAACUAUUUGAAAUGCAGGAAGCCUCCUGUGUGAUUUCACACUGUUUUUAACUUAAAGUGUAACUGAUGGCUACAAGCCACUGUUUUGUCACUGUCAACUGAUUUUUGUGGUGUGAGACUGACGUUGGACAGAAAUAAGUGUGAUGAAACAUGUACUCAGUUUGCUUUUAUACUGCAGUAAAAUAUUCUACUACCUCC